UUACGGUUGUGAAGCAUGGACAAUUAAGGAAGACACUAGACGGCGUCUCGAUGCCUUCGAGAUGUGGUGCUACCGUCGCAUGCUGCGACUAAGCUGGACCCAGAAAGUCACCAAUAUGAAGGUUCUCCAACGCGUCGGUAUGUCCCGGAAAUUGAUGCAAACUGUCAAAAAACGGAAAGUAGCGUAUUUGGGGCAUAUUCUUAGGAAUGAAAGAUACCAGCUGCUUCAAUUAAUUAUGAUGGGCAAAAUUGAAGGGAAAAGACGUCGAGGGAGGAGGAAGAAGUCAUGGCUGCGGAACAUCCGCGAAUGGACCGGCGUUACAACCGUAGAACAGCUGUUUCGUCUUGCUUCUGACAGAGAAGAGUUCUCAAAGCUGAUGGCCAACGUCCAGUAAUGGACAGGCACUAGAAGAAGAAGAAUAUCUCAUUGCCAAGCACAGACUUCCCCUCUUCGAUUGGAGGAUACGGAACAUACUCCACCAACCUAGAAACUCCACUAGCAAAGAAACACGGAAACCCGUGUCAAUUUGUAAAAAAAUAUAACCAAAGCAUACAAGCAUUCAUCACAAUCAUCAAACUUCAUAUUUGAAUCUUCUCAUGUAAGUAUAAAAACUUC